AUGCAACCGCCGCUGGAACUUGGGAAUGUGCCGCUGGAUGACUUCGAGACUUACAAGCAUCAGCCUGCCCUGAUAGAAAGCACCAGUGUGUUUCCCCUGGGCGUCGAUGAAGCGGACGCACAGAAUUUCGAAAUCAUGAGUGCAUUGGAGGCAGAGGCUGAGGCCAGAGCUGAUUCAGGAAAGCUACUGCUGCUGUUUGAAGAUGCCUUGGCAGUCACUUACCAUGGAUCGCAAGUGUGCACCCGAUGGCUAACCGCUUCGGCCGCCAGCAACGUGACCUGCUUCCGCAGCCGGGUGACCUCCAUGGCUCUGGCGAAGCCCAACACGCUGGUGGUCAGCUUGGCGGCAGCAGCCAGCGCGGUGCCUGUGCUUGUACUUCGAAUCAGCCCAGAUGGCAACGCAAGAGUGGUCCAUGAAACCUCUUUGCCCGGAAAACGGAUCUUCCUAAGCACCGCGAGCAUGGAGCGUGACGCCAGAACAGUGAAAACGCUGGCGUACCGAACGGUCCGGACCACAGAUGGUGGCCGUGGCCACGUGGAGGUCCUGGCGGUGCAGAUGGAGCUGACCGAGGAGCUACGACCCGAGGCCAAGAUCUUAUGGACUGCCUGGGGGCCUCAUCCACCGCAAGCAGCACAUUGGUCCACCCAGGAGAUCCUUUUGGUCUCCGUGGGUGGCUUCGUGCUUCAGCCGGACGCUGCAGCUGCAGAAGGGGCGGCCAUUGCGCCGCCGGAGACGGAGGAUGCGGUGCUGACGACCUGGACGCCGCGGGGACUGACGCAGUGGCCCCUGCCGCGCGAGCUGCUGAGUGCCGAGGAGAGCGAGGACGGCGUGCAGGUGGUCCUUUCGGAUCCCAGUGGUGCGGCCUUUUUGCUCGACCUGGCUGCAGCGUCUUUCGAAGCGCCGGAAACGGCGCCGCAGAUCCCAGUGGCAUUGGCGCUUCCGGGCGCGGCGGCGUGCGCCACGGCGCGAAGGCUGCGGACCUUCGUGGUAGCACCCAAGCGCGACUUCUUUGUGUUGCUGGAUGAUCAAAACGGUGUGUCCAUCUACCGCACGCCCUGUGGCGCCUUGGCCUCGCCCAUGGCUUCGCUGUCCGGCGACGGAUCGGUGCAUGCGCUGCUGGCGACGGCGGGCGGUUGCGUGGUGCUGAGAACACGCAGCAGUAUCCUCCUCUGCAAACUGAACCUUUCAGCAAGGGUCGAAUCAAUGAAGCGACCGCUGAUCUCUCGUGAGCAGAUGUCCCAAACCAGCCACCGCUACGGUGCUUUGCCCUGCGACUUCACCAUGUGUCUCUUGGAGCAGCUGCUAAAAGAACAACCAGGGGUCACCUUUGGCACCGGCGAGUACCACACCGGUUCCGACAACCACGGCAACCACAGCAGCGCCAAGCACCACGGUCCAGGUGCCUUGGUGCAGGAGCGCCCCGUGCUGUGCAAGGACUUGGCAUCGGGUCGGAAGCUGCUCGAGAGCAACUGCACAGGCAGCAAGCCCGAGACCACCCGAAUCUUGUGCCCAGCCACGGCUCCGUGUCAAUUGGCCACCAGCACCUCCACCACCACCACCACGACGCUGUCGAGUCUGACGUGCUGCCCCAAAGGUUUUACCUUAAAGUCGCCUUCCGAGCUGCCCUUGAGUUGCCGACAAGGAACCUGCGAGGUGGAGACGUGCUGCUCCAUGGCCAAAUGGGUCUACGACGACUGGGAUGAGACGCCGGAAUGCGACCAGAGCUGCGGUCUGGCUGAGCAGAUUCAAGAACGAUCUGUCAGUUGCCAGGCGAUCUACGGCGGAGAGCUGCUGAACGACGCUCUGUGCAGCGGAGCCGCGCCAAGUCGCCAGCGCAGCCUUUGUCCGGCCACUGAGCCGUGCGCCAGCUGCGCAGGCUUCGUUUGCGGGGAUGAUGCGCUGCCUGUGCUGCCCCCACCUCCCUGUGCUGAUGGCGUGUGUGAGAGCCUCCAGUGCUGUCGCAAGUUCCUGAGUGGUUUUCACACGCAGCCGGAUGCCUCGGUCCUCGCAGUUGCGAAUGAAGGUCAUCGCGGUGGCACCUUGAAGUUCCAGGGUGAGGCUCCUCAACUUUCCGACGGAGGACACUUCUUCCAACUGAACGGUGAAACCAGUAUGGACCUCUUGACGCCUUCGGUGCAUAAUGGCUUCACAGCUUUAGUCUACUUAAGACCCCAUGCCGAAGCUUGGGUUGACAAGGAGCAAGAAGUACUCGUGCAGAAAGGUGUGGACGGUGACUUGUGGAAGCUCGUUUUGACGCCCAUGAAGCAGUUUCGCAUCUACAGCUUCAAGAAUGCGAUGAUGUCGCCAUCAUCCUGCACCUGCGCAUCGGUCCAUGAGGCUGUUUGGUCUCACGUGAUGGUCCGUGACAACAGCAGCCGCAUGGAUUUGGUGAUCAAUGGCAAGUCUUGUUGCGGCACUUCAUCCAGCGUACGAACUACCAGCAGCGGUUCCAGCAUUUGGUUGGAAGAAGGGCUUCAAGCAGAUCUACACUCAGUAGAGAUCUGGGAUGUCGCUUUGAACGACCAGGAUGUGGAGUCUGUGACCCGCCGUUAUCACAAGGCCAUCCCUGAUUGGUUGCCCUUCCGUCAUUUGAGCUGCACAGAUGAGGAUCCCCUGGAGCUUCUCACAGGUAUUUCCAGCCUGGCUCACUGCAAGCUUCGCUGUGAGGCACACCUUGGCAGCUGCCGUUCCGUAUUGUUUGACGUGUCCCAGUCCCGUUGUUUGCUGCGAAGUCGUUUCGCUUGCACCAGCUGUGGAGAGUGCGCUCGAAGUGUUCAGUCCUUGGCUGCCAACUACGACGACGGCUGUCGAAAGAACGGCGCCUUUGACUGGCGACUCUCGGUGACCUUAGAGAAGACAGUUCGAGUCACAGAGCUGACGUUUCUGGACGAAGAUCAGCGUCAAAUCCAUGCAGACACCAUGACAGAUGGGGGCUUGCAAGCACUGGACCCAAGCUGCGCUUUAAGCGAUUGGAAGACCAGCGGACCGGGAUGUGCUAUCCCCCACGGAAAUGGCUUCUGGGAGUACAGGUUCAAGAAGUGCAUGAACCCAACCUACCUGGUCAUGGCGGUCAAGGAGGGCGACCUCCCUCCCAAUUUUCCAGUGAAGAUUCGCUACUCCACCGCUGCGGGCGAGUGGAUGGAGUGUUCGGCACGGCCAGUCCUGUGGAUCACCAGUGACCACAGCGACUCAGCGCUGCGGCGAUUCCACCUGUCCUGCUUCGGGGUGGCGCCACUGGCUGAAUCCCCGUGGUGGCAUCAUUGAGCAGCCGAAGGAGACUGUCAAAAAUCAGCGCGGAAAAGCGAGACGCGUGCUGCAUUG